AUGGUUGUGGCAAUUGUGACAGGCGCCUCAAGGGGCAUCGGGCGGGCGGUUGCCCUGCAGCUUGCCGAUGAUGGGAUGGAUGUUGCAGUCAAUGACAUCAAAGCACAGGCCCAAGAGUUGGAGGCCGUCAAGUCGGAAGUGGAAGCAAAAGGCAGAAGAUCGAUCUGUCUUUUUGCCGAUGUCAGCAACGAACGCGAGGUCCAUGAGAUGGUGCAAAAGACGGCCAGCGAGCUGGGGGAACUGAACGUUAUGGUCGCCAAUGCAGGAAUCAUCGUCCCCAAGCCAUUAUUGGAAGUUAGCGUGGAAGAGUGGGACAGAGUCUUGGCUGUCAAUGUCCGCGGCGUGUUGCUUUGUUAUAGAGAGGCGGCUAAGCAGAUGAUCAAGCAAGGCAAAGGAGGAAAAAUCCUCGGGGCUUGUUCCACUGCUGGCUUCAAGGCGACCGGCAAUGCUGGAGCAUACUCGACCAGCAAAUGGGCUGUUCGGGGACUGACCCAGCUUGCGGCGGGAGAGUUUGCACCUUACGAUAUCAACGUGAAUGCCUACGCGCCCGGCCCCGUCGACACACCGAUGUGGAAGGCGAUUGGCGCCAGCCUCUCCCAGCGACAUGGCAUUGAUCCAGAAGUUGCGUUCCAGAAAUCUGUCGAGGCACGAGCAGUGCUCAAGCGUUCGCAGACCCCGGAAGAUAUCGCCAAUCUGGUCAGUUUUCUAGCAAGUCCCAAGGCGAGGAACAUCACGGGUCAGACCGUCUUGUGUGACGGAGCGAGCGCUCCAUCUAUCCGAGAAGAGGUCGUUGUAUCAGAGAAGGAGGAGGAAGAAGAGAAGCGGAAGAGGACAAAAGCGAAUGCAUUCGCGGGGCAGUAG